AUGCCCACUGGAGACUGCGCUAUGCUCUGCGUCAACAACAUGGCCCGCAUUGCCCAGUCUGAGUUCUCCUGCGGCGACGACAUUGCCUGCUUCUGCAGCCGCUCCAACUGGGCCUUCGGUAUCCGUGACUGCUCUCGCCAGGCCUGUGAUGCCGAACAGUCUGCCAGCGCUGUCCAGUGGGCCUAUGCUCGCUGCGCCGGUAUUGCUGCCACUGCCAGCGAACAGCCCGCCGCUCUUCCCAUUCUCACCUCUGCCGUUGCUAGCGCCACUGCCUCUGGCGGUAACGCUGCUUCCAGCGUCGCCUCAGGUGCCUCAUCUGCUGCCUCUUCCGCUGCUUCGGACGCCUCAUCCGCUGCCUCCUCCGUAGCUUCGGAUGCUUCGUCUGCUGCCUCCGGGGUUACCUCUGCCGCCAGCUCUCUUGCAUCUGAGGCUUCUGGUCUGACCUCUUCCAUCCUCUCCGAGGCCAACUCUGAGCUUUCAUCCCUUCAGUCCCGCGCUAGCGAGGUCCUGUAA